AUGAAUCAUCCUUCUAAUAUCCAUGCCACUCUGUUGGAAGCACGACUGGAACAGGCCAGCCUUCUGAAGCGCGUCGUCGACGCCAUCAAGGAUCUCGUCCAGGACUGCAACUUCGAUUGCAAUGACUCUGGAAUCGCUCUCCAGGCUAUGGACAACUCGCACGUUGCCCUAGUUUCCAUGCUGCUCCGCGCCGAGGGUUUCUCUCCCUACCGCUGCGACCGUAACAUCGCCCUCGGCAUCAACCUGCUCUCCUUGACCAAGGUGCUCCGCGCCGCCCAGAAUGAAGACAUCCUGACCCUCAAGGCCGAGGACUCACCCGAUGCCGUCAACCUGAUGUUCGAGAGUGCAGAGACAGACCGACUGAGCGAGUAUGACAUCAAGCUCAUGGAUAUUGACCAGGAGCACCUGGCUAUCCCCGAGACUGAGUACGCUGCCACCGUGGAGAUGCCUUCUUCCGAGUUCCAGCGCAUCUGCAGAGAUCUCAACGCGCUGUCCGAGUCAGUCGUGAUUGAGGCCAGCAAGGAGGGUGUCAAGUUCUCCUGCCAGGGUGAUAUCGGUAACGGAUCCGUCACCAUCCGCCAACACACCAACGUCGACAAGCCCGAUCAGAACGUCGUCAUCAACCUCUCCGAACCCGUCGCCCUGACCUUCUCCCUCAAGUACCUUGUCAACUUCUGCAAGGCCUCCAACCUGUCCUCAUCUGUUGUGCUUCACCUCUCCCAGGAAGUGCCGCUACUCGUUGAGUACGGUCUCGGAAGUGGCCACCUGCGAUUCUACCUCGCUCCUAAGAUCGGUGACGAAGAGUAA